UUGUAUUAGUGAAAAAAAAGAACAAACACAGCUGCACACGAGAUUAAAAUUAUAAAAUAAUUUAUUACCUCACCCCGGCUUCCACCGAACCGUUCAACGGCCUAUAAUGUCUCGAGUUAACUUGCACUCUGUGCAAUUAAUAGAACCGUCGACAUCGACGACAGCAGAUCCACAAGUAUUAAAAAAUUCCAAAGAUGCAUACUUAGAAGCAGUGCGAAUUUUAUUAGUUUUACUGGAAAACGUUUUAAAAGAGCCACAAAAUCAGAAAUAUCGAACCAUUCGCCUUGAAAAUAAAACAAUUAAAGAGAAGCUACUUUCACUUGUCGGCAGUGCACAAUUACUGUUUGCAAUUGGAUUUCAAAAACGUAAUAAUACCGAAUAUACUCUACCGCUCGAAAUACCACUUCAACAGAUCUCGGAGUAUAAAAAUAUUUUGCAGCAGCGCAGGGAUGCUUGGUUGAAGGGAGGGACUGUGCCCAAUAUUGAUUUUGAAGUUUCACUGAAAUCAACCGCUACGAGCUCCAAUAUGAAUGCACCACCAGUAGUUAAUUUUAUACGACCAUCUGUGCCUUACCGGCAAAGAACCACAUUUCCUCUAAUGUUGCGCACUACCAAUAAAUUUCUGCAGUCACUUGAAUUCUAUUCAGAUGCCGUUAUGCAAUAUGAAGAUGAGAAUUUGCUAAAUGCUGGACGUGAAAUUAUACCUAUCGAUGAUCUAACACAAAAGGCGAGUCAGAAACUGAUUUCAAUACAAGAGCAAAUUGCUGAAGGCGCAAGUGACAACAAAGAACCUUGUAUAAGAGAUCUCAUAUUAGUUGAAUUAGUGAAUUGGUUCAAUACAGAGUUCUUUGAAUGGGUUAAUAAUAUGCCCUGCAAGGUGUGUGGCAGUGAGGAGAGUAAGUUACGACGUACUCAAACGGAGGGUGAUGUACGCGUUGAAGUCGGUAUCUGCUGUGGGCAGGAAACUAAAUUUUAUCGUUACAAUGAUAUAUCCCAAUUACUAGUUUCACGAAAGGGUCGGUGUGGCGAAUAUGCCAACUGUUUUACGUUUUUAUGCCGUUGCUUGGACUAUGAUGCACGCAUUGUACAUUCCUUUUUCGAUCAUGUCUGGACGGAGGUUUAUUCUGAAAGUCAAUUACGUUGGUUGCACGUGGAUCCGUCGGAUAAUGUUGUUGAUUCGCCACUUAUGUAUCAACAUGGUUGGAAACGUAAUAUUGAUUAUGUUUUUGCUUAUUCCUGUGAUGAUGCACAAGAUGUUACUUGGCGUUAUACAAAUAAUCAUAAACAGAUUUUGAAAACGCGCAGGUUGUGUGCAGAAAACGAGCUUAUUGAAUCCUUAAUAGCUUUAAGAAAGAAGCGUCAAGCUAACCUUAGCGAGGAGAGAAAGAAAUACUUGAGUCAGAGGAGUAUGUUGGAAUUAAUUGAGCUAACAGUCGAAAGAGCACCAACCGAGAACGAACUAAAAGGUCGCAGUUCGGGUAGCUUAUCAUGGCGGCAAUCGCGUGGGGAACAUACAUUUAAUGACAUUUUUAUUUUCACACCAAACAACACCGAAAUAGAAAAAAAGCAAUUCAAUGUGCGUUAUUGUUGCUCAACUGAUCUGUAUGAACGUUACAUAAAAGAUGGUUCGAAUAUAAACGUGUUAACAACAUAUAAGACUUGGCAAAGUGCACAGUUUUCAUCUGAAAAUAUUUUACGUAAGGUGGAAAGAGAUUGGAAAAUGGUUUACUUAGCUAGACAAGAGGAUAGUGAUUAUGCAGAAAUUGUGUGGAAAUUUAAGUUUACAACGGAAAAUUUAAAAGUGAAGAAUUAUAAUUUAAUUUUCGAGAGGAAAACUUUUGGAGAAGGCCAAAUUGAAGUAUUAGUCACCACCGGCGAUGGUGAGACGAAUAUUGAGGGUGCUACGGAAUUUCAAAUUAAAGCUAAACUAUCAGGCGGUAAAGGUGAUGUUGCUUGGCAGCAUACACAAUUGUUUAGACAAGGAUUGAAUGCAAAAGAUUAUCCAUUUGAUUUGCAAAUUGAGUUUAUGUAAAUAGAUUUUAGCCAAAAAGCGUAUUGGAAGGAUAAGUAGAGAUUUACAACAUGAAUUAAGAUAGCUUUGAGUCCUGCAUUUGUUUUCGAAUUUCCAAUUUUUAAAGUUCCUGUUCAGAAAAGAUUCAUUAAUUUGUUAGUCUUUAGUUUUGAUAAUAUAUAAAAGUUCGGAAAACAAUUUUGAACUAGGUUUUUAGAAAUCGAAUAUAUGUCACAAAUCAUUUAUACGCUUUUAAUCUUCAAAAUUUAGAAAGUAAGAAAGAAAGCAAGAAAUUUUUUUCACUUACAAAAAGUUUAAAAACAAAUUGAACAGAUCAGGAUAAGUUCAGGAUCCUCUUAAACAGAUCAACGUCUCGAAUCGUUUUAGUCGUUUUCAUGUCAGUGAGACUUACAUAAUUUUAAGAAUAAAAUUUUUAUGCUCUUUAAAAUGUACAAUAUUAGUUGAUUAUAUCUCGUAAUUGUUGUUGUAAUCCGCAGGGACCUAAAGAGCAGAAAACAUGACAGGAUUGCAAGACAAAGACAGCAUGGAAUGUGUAGUAAGGGAGAUGUCAGAUGUGAAAUUGUGUUUAGUAAAGGUACAAUGUAAGUGCUAAUUGAACCCCGCAUCGUACUCCUAUGUUGUAGUCGUCUUAUUCUACCAAUUGAGCAAUUACUCAGAUCAAUAAUGAAUAUAUGAAUAAUAAUUUUUAUUAUUUUUAAAUAUUAUGUAUAUUUUGCAGAUCUUAAUAUUCUUACCAGUGUUUGUUAUAUAUUACCCAUCAGUAUUUAAGAAGAUUUUUUGAUUUAUUUUUUUGAAAACUUCGACGAAAAGAAAGAAGUUCAAGUUGUCGAUAUUGACGAGUGAUUGCAGGUCAACACUCUCUCAUUUUGCAAACCUGUAUAUCUACCCCAUAAAUUUUUAAAAACCAAUUUUUAUCUAUUAGAUAUAUUUUCACAAACUAUUUUGUAUAUAAAUAUAUUUUAUACUGAUAAGAAAUUCUAUCAUAAAGAUUCUAUACAUAAAAGGUUCUUUAAAAAAAAAAUUACUUUGUUGAAACAUUCCACAUAAAUU